CCAAGAUGGCUCCUGUGAAUGUGUCGGUCCCAUAGCAAAUUGAGGAUGCAAGUAGCUGCCGAAAAAACAACUUUUCCCCGACCGUCGCAUCCCCUGGAGUUCAAUUCGUAUGGUGCGGAGGAGGCCCUGACAUCCGUCUAGGCACUGAGCAGCCGUCGGAGCUUCGCGAAACCUUCUUCAAUCCACCAAUUUGGAGUAGUUUCGCGAAGUAGCUCUUCUCCUCGCUGUCGCUGUCUGUCCGGAGCGAGGUUCAGGCAGGCAGCUCAUCCAAAUGGCCGAACCGAGAAAAGUGCAAUUUGUCACCCUCUCGGCCUUCGCAGCUGGAGCAGCCGCGGAGUCCAGGAAACGCCGGCUGGAGGAUGAGGCCGACUUCAACUUCGGUAGAGCCGGGGAGGUCGAGGCAGCGACCGGGGCAGGGGGUGCUGCCAGCAACGGUCGCCUCGGCAAAACCGGCGACAGGGACACGGCUGGAGCCGAGAAGAGGGUGACGGUGCGGCUCAACCUGUCCCUACCGGAGCCUGACGACCGCUCCUCCGCCGAGUUUAAUUACGGCGAACUCAUCCAGAACCUCCAGGCAAAGAAUCCUCCAAGUCUGACUCCAGCCCACACUCCCAAUGACCCCUUCAACGAUGACGAGAGAGAGCGGCUCCAGGUUGAGGCCCUGGCAAAAAAGUUUGAAAAUAAAUAUGGUAACGCAGAAAAGAAGAAGAAGAAGGACAGAAUGCAGGAUUUGAUUGAUAUAGGCUUUGGCUACGAUGAGACAGACCCCUUUAUCGACAACUCAGAAGCUUAUGAUGAGCUGGUGCCUGCCUCUCUGACCACAAAGCUGGGGGGAUUUUACAUCAACACCGGUACGCUGCAGUUCAGAGCGGCCUCCGACUCUGAGGGAGAGGAGGACAAGAAGCCGACUGACAACAAGGAGCAGGUGAUUAAGAAGAGGAAAAAGAAGGAAGUGAAUAAUCUGGAAGAGAAGAACCUGAAGAAGAACAGAGUACCGAAACAAGGUGUAACAGCCCUCAACCUCCACCGGCCGGAGAAGAAGAAGAGGAAGAAGCUGAUGAAGGACUCGCUCUACCUGGCGGCCAUGCUCCGCCGCUUCACCCGGGAGAAGGAGGAGAUGAGGAAAAGAAACCCUAACAUGGCUCACCCCGGCUUGGCAGGAAGCAUGGCUAACAAACUCCACUCCGCCAACUCAACGAACCACCUGUUAGCCUCCAACUCCACCCACUCACAGGGCAACACAGCCAGCAACGACCUCUCACUGGCAGACCUCACCUCGGACCCUGCUGUGAUGUCACUGCUGGGCUCAGCCAACGAGAAGGAGCUGCAGGAUCUCCUAGGCGACCUGGACUUCGGCUUGUUGGACACUGACCAGCAGCACGCCAUGGUGGCUGCCAGGGAGAACGGCAUUCUGGGAGUCGGUGUUCCGGCUCAUAAAGCAGCAGCAGCAGGAGGAGGUGGCCAAGGGCGAGGCCUGGGGUCUUCCAGCGGACUGUUUUCUCCGCCUCCGCUGCCUGAUGGACUGCCUGCUCCUCUUAUUAAACGCAUCGAGGACCUGCGGGCGGCCUCGCGGCAGUUUGAUCAAGAGGGCAGGAAGAAAUUUUUCACCUUGGACAUGAAUAACAUUCUCCUGGACAUUGAGCUGCAGGUGCAGGAGCAGCCUCCUGAGGUGCGCUCAGGCAUCUACUCGCACAUGGAGGCGUUUGUGCCGUGCAACAAAGAAGCCCUCCUCAAACGCCUGAAGAAGCUCAGUCUCAACAUUCAGGAUGAUCGCUUACGGACACCGUUGUUAAAGCUGAAGCUGGCGGUGUGUAGCGUGAUGCCAGAGCAGAUAGCCAGAUACAACAUGGACUGCAUGGCCAAGGUUGCAAAGCAGCAGUCAGAAGAAGGUGAUAAGAACGGCUCAGAGGAGGAAGAUGAGGAAAAACCCGGGAAAAGGGUGAUAGGCCCGCGGAAGAAGUUUGUCUGGGAUGACAAGCUCAGGAACCUGCUGUGCAGCUUGGUGCGGGUGAAGCUGAGCUGCUACGAGAUGGAGAACCAGUGCUCUCUGUCUGUGGAGGACUACCUCAAGGCCUUCUUAGAGAAUGAGGUCAAACCACUAUGGCCCAAGGGCUGGAUGCAGACCAGGAUUCUGUUCAAGGAGAGUCUUGCUGUUCACAGUCACCUCACUGGAAACCUUGUCAAGAGGAGAAUGGUGCCUGGGCCCAAGGCCAAAGCCAAGGAGGGUCUUUGGAUCCACAAACAACCUCUCACCAUGACCUCCACCUCGUCUUUACCCACCUCUGCAUCUAAUCUGACCUCCAGCCGCCAGCCCCCCUCCUCCUCCUCGCCCCCCAUCUGUCUGUCAGACUCACUGGAUGAGGAUCUGACUGCUCCCUCUCUGGACUCCAUCUCCCACGCUCUGGCCCUCCUCAGCAACGCAUCUAAGGGCCUGGGCCCCUCAGACAGUCCCUUGUCGCCCCCACCCCUUCAAAUCCCCACCUCCUCUCCUCCGCCUGUCACCCCUCACUACCCCUCAGCCUCUCAGCUCUCUGCCUCGGUCGCAUCCACAACGCAGCAACAUUCCCUGUCUAAGGUGGAGGCUGCUACGCUGGCAGCUGUGUCUGCUGGGAACUUGCCAACAACAACAACAACAACGCUACCAACCUCCUCUUCUACCUCCUCUUCCUCGUCUCCCACUGUUUCCUCUUUGGCUCGUGUGCAGGCAGCUGGCCUGUCGCUGGCCUCCAGGACUGCAGAUGGUUCCUACAGCCUGAUCAAAGGAUCUGGCACCAUGGGCCAAACCCAGACUCAGAGACUUGUUACCAUGGCAUCACCCAAUCACAGGCCAAGCUUGGUGAUGGGCGGGAGUGGCAAGAUGCAUCCACACCCGUCCCCGUCGCCUCCGAAGCAGCGGCCUCCUCCCACGGCUUCCCCUCUGCUGCCCCCCCAUCAGAAGGGCUUUGUCAGCCCGGGGGGGAUGCUGGGAGUUAUGGGAGCCCCUCAAGGACUGGCAAAGAACAGCACCAAAGCCAGCAGCAUCAGCAGCAACGGCAGCGUGAGCAGCAGCAUCACGCCUUCUUCCUCCCCCUCCUCACUGUCCCGCUCCAAUUCCAACACCCAUCCUAGCCUGCAGUCCUUCUGCCCUCCCUCCCCGGUGGCCUCCUCGCCGUCCCCCACCUCUCAUACCUCACACUCCUCUCAAGGUAAAUCCCACACACACCACCACCACCACCAGCCCAACUUCAUCACGCCCAUGCAGGCCACCCUAACCAAGUCCUCCCACAGCAGCAACUCCUCUCCCAUCAUCAAGCUCACCCCUCGGCCCCCUGCGCCCACUCCACCUCCCUCCUCCUCCCCCUCCCCGUCAUCCUCCCCGUCACACCCGCUCUCCCAUCAGAUGAUCCCCGGCCAACAGCAACAACACCAGUACUCCGCCAAAUCCCCCAAAACUUUCCGCCCCCCCUUCAGUGUAUCGGGUAGUGGGCAGGUGAAGCAGACGCAGGGCAGCUUCAGCUUCGCCGGAGGCCAGAAAGCUCAGUCCACCACGAGCAACAGUAGCAUCAACAACAACUCCAUUAAUAACAAGGUAUCAGCUGUCUGCAGUCGCCCAGACAAAACUCCUGCCUCUCCUGCACCUUCAGUCUCAGCCAAUCACGGGCAGAGGCAGAGGGUGGUGGGCGGGGCUAACCAGAGCUCAAAGGCAGGAAACGGUUGGGCGGCUUCAGGAACUUUGGCCACGUCCUCCACAACGUCACACCUCUCACAGGUAUCAACAGCAGGCACUUCCCUCCUGGGCAGCCCCUCUGGUCUGCCCCUGGGCUUUGGGAUGUUGGGAGGCCUGGUGCCCGUCUCGCUGCCCUUCCAGUUUCCCCCGUUGCUCAAUUUCAGCCCUCCUGGAGCCCCAGGGGUCGCUGGCAUGGGCUCAGCCCCCAGCUCCAACUCAGGAUACCCUCUAGCACAGAGCGACCUAAUGGAUCUGUAUAAGAGUCUCCAGUCAGGGUCGCAGGCUGCCCUACCUCCUCACUUGCAGCUUGCUUUCUCAGAUGCGAACCAAAGCCAGGGUGGAGACAUGAAGAGGAAAUCCCACUGACCAAUAACUGCGCAGGAGGGUGACACCAGCGAGGUGGCAUCACAGCCUCCUGGAUACAUCCACCAAUAGGAAUCUUCACUUUGACUGACACAGUGACGUGGUAUGAGGGGGCGGGGCUCCACUGCCUCUUUUAAGAAAAAAAAACGGACCUAAAGGAGAAUCAGUUUAUCCUCGCUACAAGUGGCAACGAUGAAUUAAUUUAACUGUAUUUUCUAAUGAACCGGGUAUGAGAACAAGACGGAGUGAAUGACGAGAACACUUUUUAUUUUUAUUUGGCUUAUUUUUAUUUUCUUUGUCAACAUGUUUACAUAUGACCGACCUUGAUCACUGUGGAAUGAGUGUGAGCGAGGUGGUGGUACAGAUGAGAGUAGUAGUACGCUACGUAAUAUAAUUUGUAUUUAAGCUUACGUUGAAUAACAGGACUCUCGUUCUUGCAGUACAAAAAGAAAAAAAAAAAAACAGACUGAGUAAUGAAUUUUUAUUUUUCUGUCUUUUUGUCUCAGAUGUGGGAAUCGUCGUGUCCGUAGAAAUUUUAUUGUUGGUCACCUCUGCUCCCACAAAUGACUGUUAAGUAGUAGCUUAAAUUAAUAUUGAUAAAUUAUUUGUAAUUUACACAGGGACAAAAACAUGUUAUGGUGUGUGUGUGUGUGUGAGAGAGAGAGAGCGAUGAUUUGAAUGUGUGUAUGUACAUAAAAAAAACACAAUAUACUGUUAAUUUCUUUCCAGAUUAUUCAGUAUGAAUGGGUAAAGACGUGUAUCCCCUUUUCACAAUAAUGAGCGAGUGUAAGUUUGAUGCCCCUCUCUCGCUCAGUGUGUUUUUGGUGCUGUUUAAUCACACUGGACCUUUUCUGGAAAAAAGACUUGAAUUGAAAAAGUUUUGGGCGCCUCAUCUGACGAGGGGAGUCGCCUGUGAGAGAGGGGAGAAACGUCAAGACUGUAGCCUACUUGAAUUGUUUUAGUUGUUUUUUGUUUUUUUUUUCUUGUGAGUUAAGACUUUUUUAUUUACUUUCUCUGCUUAUUGACUCAAACCAACUUAAUAUAACACAACGCCUUAGUUUGUAUUGAAAAAGUAUGAAAAGAUCUAUGCAGGACUGUAAAACGCUCAAUGCAAAAGUGCAAGUCGUCGCUUGGCUUUCAACCUCUACUCAACUUGUCAGUGCAUUUCUGGAGUUGUGAAUGUUUGUAGAUGUUUUUAUGUCACUCGAGACUCUUUUUCUUUCUGGCGUGUGUUCAGACAGAAUGCAAAGCGGAAUUUACAAGUGGCAGAUGCAAAAUGAUUCAACCUGAGUGAAAAAGUCGUGUCAUAUUAAGUGUGCUUUAUUUAUGAGCAUUAAAAACCUGAGUGUGGAAAUGCCAAAAAUAUUUUUAAAAACUCGAAAUAUCGCAAAAAAAUUGUACGCUUGGGGGAGGUGGAAAAGUUGGUGUACUGAUAACUAGAAACAGAUUCAGUGGAUAACUGAUGACCUGCCGUCUUCGUCGUACAUUGAUGUGUCCACACAGGGCUGUUAACAGAACUCUUCCAGGAGCACAUGGAUUUGUCAUAUUAGUUGUAAAAAAACGUUCCCUGUCCAUCGUCCAGUGUGCUCUCCAUUAUUAUACGUCCAUGGUUUCCUUUGUUUGAGGUUUGACUACAUUAGUUCGCUACAUUAAAAUUUGCGCUAUAUUUGGACGGACACUGACUGUUAUUGAAACCAUCAUUACGAGCAGCAGAGGGAGAAAAAAGUUUAAUAGAUGUCAGGAGUUUCUAACACUGAUGAUCUCUUCCUCUUGGGGAAAAAGACCUACACAUGCCAGCAAACUGUUGGCAAAAUGGUUGCAAACUGUGAUGGUAAAUAUGCUGCAAAAUGCGAGUCUGGGGAAAAAAUUCUGAACCUGUAUGUUCAAAGCUUUCACUCGUAUAAAAUAUUGAACAAUGUGAACUCGUAUGGUGAAAUUUUCACUCAUAGAACUUGUUAUCCGUUAUUUACUUUUAUUAAGCUUCAUUUUUUAAGUCAGUUUUCCACUGCAACUUCACACAUGUGCUCUCUUGCAUCACAAAGUCACAAAUCUGCACGUCUUUACUUUUGCAACCGAUAAAUUUGCUGCAAAAAACAUUGGUUCACUCCCCGCUGCUCGCUGUUGCUUGAAAAUAAAAUCCAAUAAAACCACUAAUACAAUUGUUUUAGCUCAUUUUAAAGGGGCUAUGUGCAGUUUGGAUCUGGAUUCAGAUGGUAACGUGGGGCUAACCAUCUUGGAAUGAAGUGUGAACACUCCCAACUUGGAAUAACAGAUUUUUUCUUCCCAUUCUGCUGACAUCACCCAAACGCAGCACCAGGGGCUUUAUGUAUUUACUUUAUAAACAUGCAGAAGAAAAAGAUCAGAGAAAGAAGUUAAACAGUUUGUGGUGAGUUCAGUGUCUGAGCUGAACACAAACACAGUCACACUCCCACAGACAUCGUUAGUGUGUGCGUUGCUAGCUCACUCACAGCUAACGUUGAUACAGGUGAUCCAUUGGCUGUUUGGAGGGUCACGCUCAAACUGACACAAGGCUGAAAUUCCCUUUCCCGUCUGUCUGAACACACCUGUAGAGAUACCUUCCCUCUGCUGAAUACCUCCAUUAACAAAACCGUUCUUCCUGAGUCUCUCUCUGUCCUCCCCCGACUAGUUCCCCGCCCACCUCCAUGAGUGUCUGAAUGACCGGCUGCACCGAGAACGGCGCCAAAGAUUGUUCUGUAGCUCACUUAGAUGGGGUGCUGCUGGUCAGUGUGUGUGUGCGUGUGAUUAUUCUGACAUUUUCCCCACAAAAUGUAAACCCAUGAGUGUCGAUGUGUGGUCCUUCAGGAUGUCAUUGUGAAGUCAUGUGACUGGAGCAGUGGGUGACAUCUUCUAAAUUGUGCUUUCUUUGGGGGUCGGGGAGGAUGAAAAUGACAUUUCGUGGUUAACUGGUUACUUAAUUUGGUCUUUUGUAGAUUAUUUUUGUGUGUCGAUUAUGAAAUUAAACAAAACAGGUGGUUUUCAUGA